ACAACUGUUACAGUGUAUGGUGGGUGGAGGGGGGAUCAGGAAGACAUUAGGGUGACGGGGGAACCUAUCUCUGUGCUGAGUCACUGCCUCGCUGAGAGCCCGUUGUGACAUACACGACUUGGAUUAGCGGGUCGGGUCGCCAUGACGCUCCCAGCCUCCUAAAAUAGAGAGGGAAAGGAUACUCAAGACACAGAAACAACCAGCUGCUGCCUCAUACAGAGACCAGGGCUGAUAAACAACUGAGCGAAUCCUGAGAAAGACACACAGAAAGAGAUAAAGCAACCGUAUCACACCGAAGAGACAGAGAGGCUGUCAAAACAGAGACAGAGAGAGACACCACAGGGAGUCCCUCCUGUGUCACAGUAGUGAUCAACAGAGUGAUACAAAAGGAUUCACAAGAGAGACUGAGAGAGUCACCACAGGGAGCCCCUCCUGCGUCACAGUAGUGAUCAACAGAGUGAUACAAAGAGAUUCACAAGAGAGACAGAGAGUCGCCACAGGGAGUCCCUCCUGUGUCACAGCAGUGAUCAACAGAGUGAUACAAAGAGAUUCACAAGAAAGACAGAGAGUCACCACAGGGAGCCCCUCCUGCAUCACAGUAGUGACCAACAGAGUGAUACAAAGAGAUUCACAAGAGAGACAGAGAGAGUCACUACUGGGGAAUACAGACUCAUCACUCAGAGCCAGAGAGCCAGGCAUGGCCCGGAUCACUGCAGAAGUAGAGAUGCCGCGUCAGUUCCCCAAGAUCUCGCUGAGCGAGGUGGAUGAGUCGGUGCGUCUGCUGGCAGAGAAGGUGUACGCCUCGGUGCUGAAGGAGGAGGACACCAAGGAUGCCCUGUCCAUGUACACCGUGCCUGAGGACUGCCCCAUCGGCCUGCACCAGGACCGGGAGAUGGAGAUGCUCAAGGAGAUUGCCGAGCAGUACUCUGAGGAAAGCACCAAGAGGAAGAAGAGUUUUAAGAUGAAGCGUUCCCAGUUGGUAUCUCAGCAGUUCCCCAGUUCCCUCAACAUCAAUCCAGAGUGGGCUAUGUCUGUAGUCACUCCUGUGCUCUUCCCUGGCGCACCUGUCUGCCCCAGUAUCCCAGAGAACUCCCCAGAGUUCCAGAGGGUCACCAUCAGUGGAGAUUAUUGUGCAGGGAUAACAGUGGAGGACUAUGAGCAGGCAGCCAAGACACUGAUGAAGGCCCUGUUCAUCAGGGAGAAGUACUCCAGGCUGGCCUACCAUCGCUUCCCCAGGACCACCGCUCAGUUCCUUCGCAGUGCUGAGAACCAGAAGUGGAACGUGGAGGAUGAGAUCUUGCCAGAUAUGUGCCCCUGCCCUCGUGAGGGGGAGGACCCGUACACUACGGAGGGCAUCCCUGACGACCUGAACUACUCUCUACAGAUGAAGGACGGCAUAGUGUACGUGUACGACGAUGCAGAGGCCCUGAAGCAGCAGCAGCCCCACAGCCUGCCCUACCCCGACUUGGAGACAUUCGCCAUUGACCUGAGUCAUGUCCUCGCCAUGAUCGUAGACGGGCCCACGAAAACCUACUGCUACAGACGACUGAACUUCGUGGCCUCCAAGUUCUAUCUGCACGAGAUGCUGAAUGAAAUGGCUGAGCUGAAGGAGCUGAAAGGUGUGCCUCACAGAGACUUCUAUAACGUCAGGAAGGUAGACACUCACAUCCACGCAGCCGCUUGCAUGAACCAGAAGCACCUGCUGAAGUUCAUCCAGACCACCUACAAGACCGAGGCAGACCGCGUGGUGCUGGAGAAGGGGGGGCAGAUGAUCACCUUGAAACAGGUGUUUGACACCCUGGCCAUGGACCCCUAUGACCUCACUGUGGACUCCCUGGACGUACACGCUGGAAGGCAAACAUUCCACCGCUUUGACAAGUUCAACUCCAAGUACAACCCUGUCGGAGCCAGCGAACUCCGAGAGAUUUACCUGAAAACAGACAACUACAUCAAAGGGGAAUACUUUGCACGCAUCAUCAAGGAAGUGGCUCAUGAGCUGGAGGAGAGUAAGUACCAGCACGCAGAGCCCCGUAUGUCCAUCUACGGCCGCUCCCCUGAUGAGUGGGAGAGCCUGGCCUCAUGGUUCAUCCAGCACAAGGUUCACUCCCCCAACAUGCGCUGGAUCAUCCAAGUGCCCAGGAUCUAUGACAUUUUCAGGUCGAAGAAUAUAAUACAGAACUUCGCCAAGCUGCUGGAGAAUAUUUUCCUCCCACUGUUCGAGGCUACAGUCAAUCCACAAAAGAACAAGGAGAUACACGUUUUCUUGAAAUACGUGACCGGGUUCGACAGCGUGGAUGAUGAGUCCAAGCACAGUGACCACAUGUUCUCCUACAAGAGCCCCAAACCUGAGGAGUGGACCUCAGGUGAAAACCCCCCCUACAGUUAUUACCUCUUCCACAUGUACGCCAACAUCAUGGUCCUCAACAACCUGAGGAAGGAACGAGGCCUCAACACCUUCCAGUUCCGGCCCCACUGUGGCGAGGCCGGCUCUAUCACCCACCUGGUCUCUGCCUUCCUCACGGCCGACAACAUCUCCCACGGUCUCAACCUGAAGAAGAGCCCUGUGCUGCAGUACCUGUACUACCUGGCCCAGGUCCCCAUCGCCAUGUCUCCUCUAAGCAACAACAGCCUGUUCCUGGAGUACUCCAAGAACCCUCUCAAGGAGUUCCUCCAGAAGGGCCUGUGUGUGUCCCUGUCCACCGACGACCCCAUGCAGUUCCACUACACCAAGGAGGCCUUGAUGGAGGAAUAUGCCAUCGCGGCCCAGCUAUGGAAGCUAAGCACCUGUGACACAUGUGAAAUCGCCAGGAACAGUGUGCUGCAGAGUGGUCUGUCUCAUCAGGAAAAGAAGCACUUCCUGGGGGCCAACUACCUGCAGGACGGGCCCGACGGGAAUGACAUUAGACGGACCAAUGUGGCUCAGAUCCGCAUGGCCUACCGCCACGAGACCCUGUGCAAUGAGCUCAGCUUCCUGGUGGAGGCUGUGAAGACAGAGGCCGGCGGCACACAGGUCGAGUGACCACAGCACAGAGAGACCCUUUUCACACUACCGAGCCAGGCGGAGCUGUACUGCGCUUGCCUGGUUACACAUUUACCACACAGUAGCUGCUGGGACAGUGUUGGAAAGGUCAAUGUUAAAAGUAUCUGUGCCAGCACAGUAUGGUUUGGGUCGUGACAGUAGUGUUGAAAAGGGUUAGAGUGACCUCUGGUCUCUCUCCACUUCAGCUCUAGACCACAGCCAAAUCCUGUACUGCUACCGCGCUACGGUAAUACUGAGAGAAUAAGACACCGAGCUAAAUGAACGAGACUGUACCAUGUAAGCCGCACCAAAUCAAGCCAACAGCACCGCAUUAGGCAAAUCAACAUUACCCUAUUGAUUCUUGUUUUCUUUGGUCUGCAUGCCUUUUUCCCAUAUGGCGUUUGAUAAAGUAGAACUUCAUCCCUACCACGAAAACCCUGUUUGUAGUUGAACAUAGGAUCCAGAGGGACACUGCUUAUGCACUACCAUAGUUCUCGUGUCCUGUUCAAGAAAUACUACCAACUGUGCCAACACAGGAGCUCUCAACGCCAGAUUAAAAGCCAAAUCCGAGAGCACACCGGUCGUUGUGUCAUUGUGGCCUUUCUAUUUGAAAUACAGUACAUAGUGGUAGGAGGGAUAUUAUUAUGUCAGGUAAAAAGGACUCGCAUCUAAAGGAUAGCCAUACAUUUUGAUGCAUUGUUUGAGGUCUGUAUCCCUGUUGUAACUGUGUCUGAGGUUGGUGUUGUUGUUUUUUUAUUAUACAAAGUUUGUGAAGAGAGGUUUGCUACGGAGUCCCUACCACCAUUUUGAAUGCUCCUCCGAGGUGCUCAUUAUAUCACUGCUGUAGAGAUGGUCCACAGAAAUCAUUUCAAAAAGGUUAACUAGUAUCAUGUGCCGAAUAUUACAAAUUUGGGAGACUUUCACCCUUGUCUCAAUGCAGCAUAAAAUGUCACUCAACUGUAUUGUACAUGAUGCGAUAGAGGGAAUGUAUGUUUUUAUAUGACAAUAAAGAGUUACUUACAAUA